AUGUUGUUCACUUCCUGGCUCGACGACCUGCAGUUGUAUCUUAUGAGCAAUAGCACGGACCACAUCUCCCUCUAUGACUACGCGUCUGGUGCUGCCGCUGCUCCUGCUGCCACAGCCGAGCUUAGUGUACGUUCACAGUGGCAGACUCGUGACGCUGCAGCUCGCCUGGCUAUUCGCAGUCACCUGCCGUUACCUGAGCUAGAGCACUUUGGCGACUGCAAAACCGCUAAAGCCCUAUAUGACGCUGUCGUUGCUCGCUACUCCUCACCUGCCACAGCCGAGCUUAGCCGUCUCAUGCUGCCUUACCUGUUCCCUGACCUGUCCGCCUUUGCUACAGUCGCCGAUCUUAUCACCCACCUUCGCACUAGUGAUGCUCGCCUGCGUGCCGCCCUUCCCACCCACAUUCUUGCCUAG